AUGGAUAGCCUCAAGUCUGUCUUGCCCGAGGGCAAGGGCAUUCUGCCCUAUUACAUGUUCGUCCUCUCCGUGAUAUCCAUUGGCAAUUGCCUCCAGACCUAUUCCACACUACACUUUUCGCGUCGCCUCUACAACGGCCGGUUCAUCCGGAACACCAAGCUUCCCCCCGCGACUGCAACAUUCGACCCCGAAGACUCGACGGACAAGCUCGUCUCGGCCCAGAACGACCCCAACGCCACCGACCAGCUGACUCCCCUGGCAGGACGUAUUUUCGGCACCUGGACCCUGAUCACGUCCAUUGUUCGUUGCUAUGCUGCGUACAAUUUGCACCUGGGUCCCGUGUACAAUAUUGCGUACUGGACAUACGUUGUGGCUUUUGGCCACUUUUUCAGCGAAAAGUUCGUCUUUGGAAGCAUGACUUUUGGUCUGCCCCAGGUUUUCCCAUUUACGCUAGCCACUUGCGCUUUAAUCUGGAUGCCUCUGGUCCGCGACUAUUAUGUCACGGUAUACUAG